GGUCACAUCGCAGCUUUAUGAAUAUUAAUUUUUAAUAUUUAAUUUUCCGAUUCCACUGUGUUCAUUAUAUCUCCCUCAGCGCACCGGAGGACUUAGUUCUGGAGGAUCGUCUGUCGGUCGCUCCCUCACUUGUGCCGUGGACGUGGUAGCCAGUGAUGAGCUGAAGCAAGAUGUCACGCCGCAAGCAGGCCAGACCCAUCAGGGUGUUCGAGUCGGAGGACGGGCUGGAGACGGAAGCACCACAAAACGGAGAUGGGCCGAUAACGGACUCUGAAGAGGAGGCGACAAGUCCGAGAGACGACAACGUCUGUGACAAUUGCAACGCCGAGUUUUCGAAUGCCCAGGAGGCCGAAGACCACAGAAAGGAGUGUAUACCUCCCAAAGAUGUCGAGGUCCUAGACAGUCCCGGCUCCGGAGAGAACGAUGAAAUGCCUCUCUCCGGAGACGAGGAAGACGAAGAGAGUAGUCUUCCGGAGGAGGGUAAAAGGCAAGAAGAAGUUCGAAGGCAGAAACAAGAUGCCGAGAAUAACAACAGCGUUGAAGAUGGAGAAACUGAAGGUGAAGGAGAAGACUUGCCACUGGGGUUCCCGUUCCAACUGCCAGCGGCCGCAGCAGCGGGCCAUGUGACUCUAGAGGCUCUCCAGAACACUAAGGUUGCUGUGGCACAGUUCGCGGCGACGGCGAUGGCCAACAACACUGACAACGCCGCCGCACUGCAGGAGUUAGCAGUGCUGCAGUCUACACUGUACACAUUACAAACUCAGCAGAUGAUGCAGCUAAACCUGAUACAACAGUUGCAGCAGCAGUUGCAGAUCACGCGGCCCAAGGACGGAAGUCCCACUCCUCCCCUUCCUCUCACCAUCACACCUCGACCAUCCCACAGCCCUCUGCCACCCUCACUGCCCAAGCCCAGCAGAACCCCGACCCCGGUCAAGCAGGAGAUCCCCAUGGCCAUAACCACACCGACCACUCAGUCCGUCCCGGCCUCCGCCCCUCAGGCCACAACGCCAACUUCUGCCCCCAAGCCUGUCACGGCGUCCCCUCCAAUACACACGCCCUCUCUACCCCCGUGUUCCAUUUCAUCUAGUUUUGCAUCUUCUAUAAUUACGAAUCUCGAUCCACCUCCUUCUCCGAGCGAACCUAACACGCUCGAGAUGUUGCAGCGUAGGGCACAAGAGGUCCUAGAUAAUGCCAGUCAGGGUUUACUUGCAAACAAUUUAGCUGACGAGCUAGCAUUUAGAAAGAACGGGGGUAAAAGUAUGUCACCAUAUGAUUCCAAGACGGGGGGCAGGAACGAGCCGUUCUUCAAGCACCGAUGCAGAUACUGCGGGAAGGUGUUCGGCAGUGACUCCGCCCUCCAGAUCCAUAUCAGAUCGCACACAGGUGAGCGCCCUUUUAAGUGCAAUGUUUGCGGUUCCCGGUUCACCACUAAGGGCAACCUUAAAGUACAUUUCCAAAGGCACACAUCCAAGUUCCCGCACAUCAAAAUGAAUCCUAAUCCGGUACCCGAGCAUUUAGACAAGUAUCACCCGCCUCUGCUAGCGCAAAUGGGAGCUCAUCAGAGUUUACCCCCCGGAGUUCCUGCACAUCAUCCACACAAUUCUCAGCCACCGCAUCACCACCAAUUCCCCGGCAGCCCUCCCUUCCCUCCCACAGGGCUGCCGAUGUUCCGACCCCAGCACGAUCUCGUCAUCCAACCGCACCACCAAUCCCUCAUCAAACCCGUCCUUCCCAUCCCACUGUUCGGGCCACGCCAAGACUUGCACCAAGAAGCCCCGGAGAACUUGAGCAAACCGGUGUUAUCAACACAUUCCACCUCGCCUCCACCGUCCGAAAGUAGUGACCAUUUCAAAAAGGAGAUGUCGGAUGACGAUGGGCCUAUUCCAUUGACGAUGUGCACUACAGAGACGACUGAAGAACCGGUGAAGAGCGAUGAACGACUCACUCCCAAAACAGAAGCCGAGGGAGAAAUGGAGCAAGAACAAGAAAGGUACUCGCCCAUGGGCUACGACGAGUGCAGCUCGGACAGCAAGUACAGCCACGAGGACAUGCUUGGGACCAGGGAGAGUCCAGAGGAGAAGCACGACGACAGCCUGCAAGACCAGCCGGAAAACCUCUCCAACAAAAGUACGUCUGUCAUAGGACAUUUUAGUUUUUCAACCGACCAACGCUUUCCUUCCUUCUCUUUUCCUAGUCUUACUCAUUCUCCUCCCAGUAGCACAUCAUCCGGCCUUCACACACCUCUAGGUUUUAACUCAAAUCCUGUUGAUAUCGAUCCGUCCAAAGAUCCAGCCCUUUAUACUAGUCUCCUUCCCCGUCCCGGCAGCAACGACAAUUCCUGGGAAAGCCUAAUAGAAGUAACCAAAACCUCUGAAACUUCCAAACUUCAGCAAUUGGUCGAUAAUAUAGAGCACAAGCUAACUGACCCUAACCAAUGUAUUAUUUGUCACCGCGUUCUUUCUUGUAAAAGCGCUUUACAGAUGCAUUACAGGACCCACACGGGAGAAAGGCCCUUUAGGUGUAAAAUAUGUGGAAGAGCCUUUACGACCAAAGGGAAUCUGAAAACUCACAUGGGUGUUCAUAGGAUAAAGCCUCCUAUGAGAGUCCUCCACCAGUGUCCCGUAUGUCAUAAAAAGUUCACCAACGGGCUCGUUCUCCAACAGCACAUUCGCUUACACACGGGCGAGCCCACGGAUCUGACACCCGAGCAGAUCCAGGCGGCCGAGAUCAGAGAGUACCUCCCACCGUCCAUGUUACCUCUGGACUCCCAACCAUUCCUACCCCUCCCUCAUCCUCCUGACGAUCGGCGCGUCUGUGGCCCUCCAGUCAAAGACGAACCCCCGUCAGAAUUCUCGGAGAAGGUCCAAACCAGUAGUUCUAGUCCCUUAUUAGGUUCGCCCUCUUUCUCCACCUCACUAGCUGCCCUCGAAAAUCAAGUCCGAACCAUUACCACAGUAGCUUCUCAGUAUAGUCAAUCGCAUGUAAACCAAAAUGAGGAAUUGUGCAAUAACACUUCGUUCACCCCUAUUACAGUGAACGGUGAAAAGUCUCCGCCGGGUUCGAGUCCUAGUGGGUCCGAGGGGCAACUGACACCAUCCCCCCAGACCCAUCUCCACUCCCAUCUCCUACCCCGUCCGACCCAGCGACCGCCCAGUCCCGCGGCCUCGGAGUCAGGCAGCCUGGGCGCUCUGGACCUCACACCGAGAACUUCCACCGGAGUGUUCUCGGGGUUCGGCCUACUGCCUACCUCGGCGCUGUCUUCUCUCACCUCCUCAGUGUUAACGUCCACGGCGUUCAGCCCCAUGGGACUGGCUGUGGGACCCGCAGUGAGGGGUAACACCACUUGCAACAUUUGCUUCAAGACGUUCGCCUGCAACUCUGCGCUGGAGAUCCACUACCGCAGUCACACGAAAGAACGCCCCUUCAAAUGUACCAUCUGCGACAGAGGCUUCUCGACCAAGGGGAAUAUGAAGCAACACAUGCUAACACACAAGAUACGAGACAUGCCUUCACAUCUCUUUGAGCAAAAGAGCCCUACGGACGACACCAGCAACGCUAGUUCCGAGAGUAGAGACAUCGGCUCUGUCAGAGCUCUUGAGGCUCCGCAGACUCCUACGCAACCUCCUGUGGGUCCCCCGCUGACCCCCACUGGGCCACCACCUCCCAAGGAGCCUAACCUGCAGCAACAAUUGCAGCUGUAUCAGUCUCCGCAGCAUCAUCAACAUCAACACCAUCAACAACAUCAACAGCAUCAACACCAACAUCAUCAACCUCCACCACCGCCGCAGCCUGUGAAGAGAUCACCAGAAGAAUCCAUCCUACCUCUGCCUAAGAGACAGCCUAGCUUGCCAAAACACUUGUGCCAUGUUUGCAAUAAGAACUUCUCGUCGUCUUCGGCUCUGCAGAUCCACAUGAGAACGCACACUGGAGACAAACCCUUCCGCUGCACAAUAUGCCACAAGGCAUUCACCACCAAGGGUAACCUCAAGGUACACAUGGGUACCCAUAUGUGGACCAACGGUGCUUCACGACGCGGCCGCCGCAUGUCCCUAGAUUUGCCACCGCUGCCAAUCACACCCAAGGAUUCCGACUUUCUCCACCGCAGGCCGGAUCUUUUCUAUCCAUACCUUCCAGCACCGUUCCUUAACGGGAUGCAGCAAAAGCUAAACGAGAUCUCAGUCAUCCAGAACGUAGGAAGCAACAUGUCCAAUGGUCUGUUGGGGUUUGGAGGCUACAGAGCUCUGGAGAUGAAACCAGGGUCGCCAGGGUCUGAGAAGCAGCCUCUCGGUUCACCGCAGCAUCGCAGCACACCUCCGUUGUGGGACCUGCAUUACGACCGCAAGCCUCCGACAGCCCCCGACUCUCCCCCGGCCCACGUACCUCCACCACGAGGGGAGGGAUUGGCCGCAUGACCCUUCUACCCGACUUAACCUGCCUCCGAAGGAACCCCAGUGCGGUUGCAAUGUUCCUAUUUUGAAACUAGUCUUUAUAGAUAACCGAGCUCGGAGGGACAAUAUUGAGUGUUAAGUGUCGGGCAUUUUAUCGGUUUUAGUUCCCCGUUCGUUCACCUGUGAUAAUUUCCCCUGAUUAGUUUUCCAUUCCGAGGGGUCGGACAGUGGAUGUAUUUAUUUAGUGAUAUUAUUUAUGACUUAUUUGUACUAUGUGUGUAUAAAGAGAGAUUUAAACUAGCGUCCGUAUGCCCUUAUGAAUAUAUCGAUAGAUUAAUUUUGUAAAUAACAAAAGACAGUCAUUGUUGGCCGACAUUUUAUUUGUAGAAUAAGUAACUGUUUUUUAUUAUGUGUGGAAUGUGUGUCUGUAAUUAUAUUUAUAAAUUCAGUGUUGAUAUUUAUUCUGGACAGCUACUUUCCAAUUGUUACCCCGUGUUUGUCACUAUUACUUUACAUCUUCCCUGUUUUGUUGUGUACAUAGGAUUUUGUGUACGGCUGUAGACUGUUGUGUAUCUAUAUAUUAAACUCGCCUUCGGUUUGUCCGACUACUCUACAUAUUUAUUCAGAAAGCUUCGUUUGGAGGCUGUUUUUGACGACAGAGUUUUAGGAUUAUGAUCUCAAGUAUUAAAGCAUAUCAUUUUAACGCUGUUGAUUUUUAAGUGACUAAUCAAAAAUACUAAACAGUGUAGUUUUCAGAACUCAGGAAUUCAUUAUUUUCCUAACUCUACUUUUUCCUUUGAGCAUUGCAUUUUUUGUUAUUAUCGAGCUUAAAAUUACUGUUCUCAAUUAAUUGUAUACAUUUUGUGUUUGAAUCUUGUUAAGUACCGAUAUUUAAUAUUGUUUAAUAGCUGUUCUCAUAAAAUUGUUUGUAUUUAAAGUUUUCUGUUGAAUUUUAAGUAUUUGUUACGGUAUUGUAAACGUCUAAUUAAACAAUCAGUUUUCUCAACUAAUAUUAAGUAUUUUUACAAUGUUCGACUGAAGUAGCGGAUCAAUAUAUAUUUUUGCAUUUGAAUUUAGAGAGGAUUUUGAUUGCUCAAAAUAAACAGUAUAAUCUACCAUCCGUUUUACAUUUACUUUUCAAAUCUAUUGCAUUUAACUUCAUAAGUAGUCUAACUUAACAUAAGUUUACAACUGACCAUUAUUGUUGGUGCAACAUUGUUUACAGUUUAUAGUUUUAUCUUAUACUAUUGUUUAACUGUCAGAAGUAAUAGUUACAACGUGUCAAAAUCCUCUACAGAUUUUGUUUUCUAAAAAAUCAAAAGAAAAAUAUCAUAAGACACAGAUUGUUUGAGUAUUGUAAAUUUGUUUAGUUCACACCAAACUUGUAUAUUUAAGGUGCAGUUAUUUGUUUAUACUCGUAUGUGACACUGUACAUGUUAGCAUUUGUUAUGGACUUGGGACUGUCGGCUUACGCAAUAUGCAACACAACAGAGUAGUUUUGCACAAACAAAAAAUCAAGAGUUUUUAUCAAGUUAUACAUAAGAACCUUAUAUGAAAAACUAUUAAAUAUUUAAGU